GGCACGGGCACCUCCCUGGCGCUCUCCUCGCUGCUCUCGCUGCUGCUCUUUGCCGGGAUGCAGAUGUACAGCCGGCAGUUGGCCUCCACCGAGUGGUUGACCAUCCAGGGCGGGUUGCUGGGCUCCGCGCUCUUCCUCUGCUCCCUCACCGCUUUCAACAACCUGGAGAACCUCGUGUUCGGCAAGGGCUUCCAGGCCAAGAUCUUCCCUGAGAUCCUCACCUGCCUCUUGCUGGCUCUCUUUGCCUCCGGCCUUAUUCACCGAGUCUGUGUGACCACUUGCCUCAUCUUCUCCAUGGUCGGCCUCUACUACAUCAACAAGAUCUCUUCCACCCUCUACCAGUCUGCGGCACCCGUCGCUGCUCCCGCCAAGGCUGUCGGCAAAGGCAGGAAGAGAAAUUGAUGUCCCACCACCCCUCCCUGGGGCAGCCCCCAACCUCUGCCGGCCCUUCCCGGGGCUCCCACCCCCCAAUAAAGCCAUUUCUUU